AAAUCCUUUCCUCUCCAAUAUUAUUUCUUAGUUUAUGUGCUCUAUUUCAACAUGGUAUCAGAGCAUCCAAUUCAGUUUAGUUAUUUCAGUUUAGUCAUUCAUAUCUCAGUUUCCUUUCCAGUUUCACCAAAGAGCUGAUUUCAGUCCAGAACUUUCAGAACCUCCUACCCUUCUCAGAACCUCUUCCAGAACCUGAGUUAACUCCAAAACCUUACACACCCUUUUGUCUGCAGAACCUCUACCCAGACCCUAGAACCAGAUUCUUAAUCCAGAAAAUCAAUUAGCUACUAAUUUUACAGAAACUCAGUUCAGUUAGCUUUAUAGCCCCAGAUUCUUCAAGCCAGAAUUCGAGUCAAAGCAAUACUCAGGAGGUGCGCCUACCUCAGACGACCCAGCAGCCGAAAUCCGACAUCCAACUGCAAGGCGAGUGUGCUACACGCGCCACCACAAGCCCGGCGCGCGAUACCACUUUUCUGGCCGGAGUUUUGACCGGAGCUCUUCGCCUGACACUCGCCUGAAAGUCCUCUGCCAGGUACACUUUUCUUUUCUCGUUCUUUGUCCAGCAAGGGACGGGAUCUGUGGACCGAAGGAAGCCUGUGGUUGGUCGCUAGUGUCUGGCAUCGGAUACUGUGGACGCCCCAGGGUGGGUUGGUCACUGCCUCGCUGGUGUCUGGUCUCGGAUAUUGGUAAACAUCCGCUUGCUCCUCUUGCUCCUUCGCUGAUUGUUCCGCACAUACUGGGAUCUCGCAUCAGACCGACAGCUUGAAAUUAAGUUUGGAGUCCCACGCCCUGGAUAUUUUAUUCUCCAAAUUUUAAAGUCCACAAACGGGAACCUGCUGGGCUGCUGUAAGAUUUCAGAAUAUCUCUCUUUUUCUUUAUCUAAUUAUUGUGUCUAAAAAAAAAAAAAAAAAAAACAUACGAAAAAAAAAAAAAAAAAAAAAUAUGUCUUGUACGAGUGGAUUUGACAGACGAGUAAUAUGCAAUUACUGUAAGAAGUCGGGGCACUUGAUCAAAGAAUGUAGAAAAGUGUUGUUCAAAAAUCAAGGAAAUCAGCUUGCUCGUGUCGCUUCCGCUACCAGUUCAUCCGAUGGAUCAGUUGCUAUUUCUUCAGAUGAGUAUGCCAAAUUUAUUUGCUACCAAGAAUCUCUAAAGCAUUCAUUUGUCCCUAUCUCGGUAGCCGCAAAUUCAGGUAUUUCAAACACAUGUCUUGUUUCAUCAUCCUCAAAAUGGGUCAUUGAUUCAGGUGCCACAGAUCAUAUGACCGGUAAUCCUAGUCUAUUCUCGUCAUUUCAUUCAUAUUUACCUACUUCUAGUGUCACUUUAGCUGAUGGAUCUACAUCACCCGUUCUUGGAUCUGGUACUGUUGUUCCAACUUCUACAUUACCAUUAUCGCCUGUUUUGAGUCUUCCUAAUUUUGCAUUUAAUCUGCUUUCCAUCAGUAAAAUCACUCGUACUCUUAAUUGUUCUGUAACAUUUUUUCCUGGAUAUUGUGUGUUUCAGGAUCUGUUAACGAAGCAGAUUAUUGGUAAAGGACAUGAGUCAGCUGGUCUUUAUAUUUUGGAUACAUCCAUCACAAAAGGUAUCUCUUGUCUUGGGGUUGGGACUUUGUUAGAUGCUCAUUACCGAUUAGGACAUCCAUCUCUCCCAUUAAUGAAGCAAAUAAAUCCCCAAUUUAAUAAGAUGACCUCUUUACAAUGUGAGUCAUGUCAAUUUGCGAAACACCAUCGUACUAGCUUAAGCCCGCAAGUUAAUAAACGAGCAAAUGCUCCAUUUGACCUUGUUCACUCUGAUGUUUGGGGUGCUUGCCCGGUUGUGUCUAAAGUUGGUUUUAAAUAUUUUGUUACCUUUGUUGAUGACUAUUCUCGUAUGACAUGGUUGUAUUUCAUGAAACGUCGAUCUGAGUUGUUCACUCAUUUUUCUUCCUUUUGUGCUGAAAUUAAAACUCAGUUUAACGUUCCUGUUCGGGUGUUAAGAGGAGACAAUGCCCAAGAAUAUCUUUCUGCUACAUUUAAGUCAUUUAUGCUUCAACAUGGCAUUAUUCAUCAAACUUCAUGCGUUGACACACCUCCUCAAAAUGGAGUUGCAGAACGAAAGAACCGACAUCUGUUAGAAACUGCACGGGCUCUUCUAUUCCAAAUGAAUGUGCCUAAACAGUUUUGGGCAGAUGCCGUGUCUACUGCAUGUUUUUUGAUAAAUCGAAUGCCAUCUUCUGUUUUGAAUGGUAAAGCUCCUUAUCAUUGUCUAUUUCCAAACAAAGAGCUUUUUCCUAUCCCACCUAAAAUAUUUGGUUGCACUUGUUUUGUUAGAGAUGUUAAUCCUCAUCUUACAAAGUUAGAUCCCAAAUCAUUAAAAUGUAUUUUCUUGGGUUAUUCUCGAGUCCAAAAGGGGUAUAAAUGUUUUUGUCCGAGUACUGGUCGGUAUCUUGUUUCUAUUGAUGCAUCAUUUCAUGAAAAUACGCCUUUUUCAUCAUCUAAGGCGGAUAUUCAUGAGAGUAAUGAUGAUAUACUCAUUUACACGAUGACUAUUCCUGAGUCCACACUUUCAACACAUAUUCCACAAGUUACUGUUCCUGACCCUAGGCCUCCCGUACAUUUGGUAUACACCCGUCGACACAAAGCACCUGAUCACCAUCCACCGGCGAUACCUGUGAUUACUUUUCCUGAUACUAGUUCGACUCCGAUCUCAUGUCCUGAACCAGUACCUGCAUCUUCAGAUCUUGUCUCCACAUCAGAUCUUGACCUCCCAAUAGCACUACGUAAAGGUACACGGUCUUGUACUCAUCCUAUUUCUUCAUUUGUGUCAUACAAUCAGUUAUCUCCUGCUUCAUGUUCUUUUAUUGCUUCCAUUGAUUCUAUUUCUGUUCCCAAAUCUGUCAAAGAAGCUUUGUCUCAUCCUGAAUGGCGUCAUGCCAUGGUAGAGGAAAUGAAUGCUUUAGAUCUUAAUGGUACUUGGGAUUUGGUUGACUUGCCUACAGGGAAGAAAUCUAUUGGAUGUAAGUGGGUCUUUGCUGUUAAGGUUAACCCAGACGGAUCUGUUGCUCGGUUGAAAGCCCGAUUAGUUGCGAAGGGUUAUGCUCAAACCUAUGGUGUUGAUUAUUCUGACACUUUUUCUCCUGUUGCUAAAUUAACAUCUGUCAGGUUACUUAUUUCACUCGCUGCAACUCAUGAUUGGCACUUACAUCAGUUGGACAUUAAAAAUGCAUUUUUGCAUGGUGACCUUAAGGAAGAAGUCUAUAUUGAGCAACCUCCGGGAUUUGUUGCUCAGGGGGAGUAUGGUAAAGUUUGUCGACUUCGCAAGUCUCUUUAUGGUCUAAAACAGAGUCCUCGUGCAUGGUUUGGGAAAUUUAGUCAAUCAAUUGAACAAUUUGGAAUGAUAAAAGCCAAAUCAGAUCACUCUGUCUUUUACAAACAAACAGAAUCAGGUGUCACAUUGCUUGUGGUGUAUGUUGAUGAUAUUGUGAUUACAGGGAGUGAUAAUGCAGGUAUUUUGGCCCUUAAGAAUUUUCUGCAUAGUCAAUUUCAGACGAAAGAUCUUGGCUCUUUGAAAUACUUUCUGGGAAUUGAGGUAACACGAAGUAAGAAAGGCAUAUUUCUAUCUCAACGUAAAUAUGUACUUGACUUACUAGCUGAGACAGGGAAAUUAGGGGCCAAACCAAGUACAACACCCAUGGUUCCCAACGUGCAACUCACUCAAGAAGGCACACCGUUUGAAGACCCAGAAAGAUAUAGAAGACUGGUUGGAAAGCUUAAUUAUCUCGCAGUCACUCGUCCAGAUAUUGCCUAUUCUAUGCUGAUUGGGCCGGUUCUAAAGAUGAUCGAAGAUCUACAUCUGGUUAUUGCGUCUUUGUUGGUGGUAAUCUUGUAUCUUGGAAGAGUAAGAAGCAGAAUGUGGUUUCUCGUUCAAGUGCCGAAUCAGAAUAUCGAGCUAUGGCACAAUCUGCAUGUGAGAUCAUAUGGAUAAGCCAUUUAUUGACCGAGCUCGGACUGAAGACAUCAAUGCCUGCUAAAUUGUGGUGUGAUAACCAAGCUGCUAUACACAUAGCAAACAAUCCUGUAUUUCAUGAGAGAACAAAGCAUAUUGAGGUCGAUUGUCAUUUUAUUCGAGAGAAGAUACAAAAAGGAUUGAUCUCUACAGGAUAUGUGAAGACUGGGGAACAACUUGGAGAUUUGUUCACUAAAGCACUAAAUGGAAUUCGAGUUGAUUAUUUAUGUAACAAGUUGGGCAUGAUAAAUAUCUAUGCUCCAACUUGAGGGGGAGUGUGAAAGUAUAUUAUAAUAUACUUUAGAAUAUGCUUUAGAAUAUUUUAGGAAUAUACCAUAUAUAGUAUUAUUGUAUAGCAUCUUUUAUAGGAAUAUUCUAUCUUUGUAAUCUAUAUUUAAAGGGCCUUACCCUUCAAUGAAAUACACAGAAAAUCCUUUCCUCUCCAAUAUUAUUUCUUAGUUUAUGUGCUCUAUUUCAACAGGCCUGAUGGGGAGAUUGAUCGUUUUAAAGCACGCCUUGUGGCGAAAGGGUAUACUCAGAUAUAUGGCUUGGACUACACUGACACUUUUUCUCCUGUAGCGAAGAUUGCAUCAGUUCGUUUGGUUUUAUCCAUGGCAGCAAUGAGCCGCUGGCCAUUGUUCCAAUUGGAUAUUAAAAACGCAUUCCUUCAUGGAGAUCUGCACGAGGAAGUUUAUAUGGAGCAACCACCUGGAUUUGUUGCUCGGGGGGGUCUGGUAUGGUGUGCAGUUUACGUCGUUCAUUAUAUGGCUUGAAGCAAUCUCCACAUGCAUGGUUUGGGAGGUU